AUGCUAUUUGGCUGGAUCCUAUUUGCGCUGCUGUUUCUCGAGGCUGACGGAGUGCCAAAAUGGUCCAUUUGUACCCUCAGGGGGAACCGCUAUGAAGGCUACUACAAGGAAGGAGACAGGAUCAUUGGGGGCUUCAUUCCCUUGACCAAACCUCCCAACCUCGAACACCGCAACUUCAGAAACCCUCCAAACCUUAGAAGGAUAAAUCAGACAUUGGACUGCGAAACCUAUCCUCACCUCCUGGUCUUUGUCCAUGCCGUGGAGGAAAUUAAUCGAAGCUCACACCUCUUACCCAACACAUCUUUGGGGUUCCACAUCUACGACGCUGUCUUCAGUGACGAUAUGGCGCAAGGGGGCAUUUGUGAGCUUCUUUCAGGAGCGAGGAAAGCGGUGCCCAAUUACCACUGUGGAGGAGGUCACAAGCUCAUAGCCGUCAUCGAAGGACCAACAGCCACCCUCUCGUUGGGGAUCGCGACAAUGCUAGGGCCCUACCAGCAUCCACAGCUCAGCUAUGGACUCCUGAAUCCAGCCCUACGUUCUAAAGUGCUGUUUCCUGCGUUGUUUGGGAUGGUUCCCCAUGAAAGCUUCCUCCUCUCUGGGAUAGCCCGACUGAUCCAGCAUUUCAACUGGCGCUGGGUGGGGCUAAUAGCUUCAGAUGAUGACCGAGGGGAGAGGGCAGUGGAGACCCUUGCCAGGGAAAUCGCCAAGGGAGGUGACAGGCACAUAAAGAACUUCUGGGAUUAUAUCCAUGGGUGCACUUGGAUGGAUCAGCCCUGGCAGCCGCAGUGUAAAAGCGAAGAGGCCCCAAAUGGAGACAGGGAAGCCUUCUCUCAGGGCUGCUGCCAGCUCCUCCCUUUCUUGACAAACGUGAACUUCACGAACCCAGCUGGAGAGAAGUUGUUCUUCGAUAAAAACGGGGACUUGGUGGCAGGAUAUGACAUUCUGAACUUGAUCAUUUCGUCUGAUGAAAUCGUGCCUCUUGUCUCUGUUGGAUCUUUUCACUCUCAAGCUUCUUUGGCAUAUGAGCUCAUUGUUAACAAGAGCGCAGUCCAGUGGAACAAAAAGUUCAAACAGCUUCCCUCUUCAGUGUGCAGCAAAAACUGCCUUCCUGGAUAUCGAAAGAAAGUCCACAGAGGGAAGCCAGACUGCUGCUUUGACUGUGUGCCCUGCAUGGCUGGAGAGGUUUCCAACCAAAGUGCAGACACGGAAGGUUGUUUGCAGUGUCCGGAAGACCAGCAUGCAAAUGAGGACCAGGACCAAUGCCUCCCAAAAGACUUUACAUUCCUGGCCUAUGGUGACCCACUGGGGCUAACCUUGGCAUCUCUGGCAAUCUCCUUCUCCUUCCUCACCGCUUGCGUUCUGGUGACAUUUGUCCAGUACCGCAACAGCCCCAUCGUCAGAGCCAACAACCGACAUCUCAGCUACGUUCUCCUCAUCUCGCUCCUCGUCUGUUUUCUCUCCUCCUUGAUGUUCAUUGGCCGCCCUACAAAAGGGACUUGCCUGCUACGGCAGACUGUCUUUAGGGUUGCUUUUGCUGUGGCCAUCUCUUCCGUCUUGGCUAAAACCAUAACGGUGGUCUUGGCCUUCAAGGGCCCCGAGAUGGGCCACAGACUGAGGACCUGCUUACAAAAUGGGAUAUCCUAUUUUAUUGUCCUUCUCGGGGCCCUCGUUCAAGUCCUCCUUUGCUCUGUCUGGCUGGGAACAUCUCCUCCUUUCCCUCAGAAUAACACCCAAGCAGAAGUCAGGCAGAUCGUGGUCCAGUGCAAUGAAGGAUCCGUAGGUAUCUUCUUUGGCACACUGGGCUACCUGGGUUUUUUGGCUGCCAUUAGCUUCAUAGUUGCCUUCAUGGCCAGGAGGUUGCCGGACUCAUUCAAUGAAGCCAAACACAUCUCUUUCAGUAUGGUCAUUUUUUGUUGCGUCUGGAUCUCCUUCGUCCCCGCAUACCUCAGCUCUCAAGGGAAGACUGCCGUUGCUAUAGAGAUCUUCUCCAUUUUGGCUUCCAGUGCUGGGAUUCUGGCCUGUAUCUUUACUCCAAAACUCUUCAUUAUUUUGGUGAGGCCAGACAGGAACAGCAAGGAAUUUCUGAGGAGGAAAUGAAAUCCCUUCUAUCUAAUCCAAGGGCCCUUUUUAUUUCAGGUUGAACAGUCAGCCCCCAUGUAAUAUCUGUGUGGUAAAUAUCUGGUGAAACAGCCUCUAUAUUGUAGAAUGAUUUAAAUGGCACAGGAGCAGAAAGAACAUUAAUUCGUCGAAUGUAGAACUGCCGUAUUGCCUGACCUUCCCAUUGAAAUCAAGGGGGCCUUAAACAGCUUCACUUCUGCUGGAUUAUGACCAUCCGAGCAAAAAUAAUGACACCUUAUUUCAGCACAUUUGUAUCUUUCGAAA